AGAAGCAUGUUUAUACAAAAUAGUAAUAGUCCAAAGUAGUUACGCCUAGAGAGAAAAUGGAGGAAACAGAGAAAGAAUCCAUCAAAUCUGCAUCAGAAGAGAUUUCCAAACAAUUUAAAACCCUAAUCAAUUCUCAGGACUUGGAAUCUUUGAAGCAAUUACAAAACCUCAUAUUGGGACGGUUGCAGGACAGCAAUGCAGUUCUUUCACACUUCAAUGAAUAUUCAGAACAUUGUUUCGCUGAGGUCUCGGCAGAUUUCUCUAGAAAUACACGUCUCUUAAAAUCUAUGAAGUCGGACCUUGAUUACAUAUUUCAGAAGUUGAGGAGCAUGAAGGCAAAAAUCAUAUCAACGUACCCAGAUGCUCUUCCAGAUAAUACAACAAUUCAGGCACUUGAUCAAAGGCCUGAUCUUGAAAUGCCACAAUAAGUAAGCUUGGUACUGUAAAUGUUGGGGAAAUGUUAGUUCUUCUAUUUCUUCCAUUGUGGAUAUGGAAAAGUUGAUUUGGGGUGGAUACUUUAUGAUAGAGCUUAACUGUUUUUAUCUGAUAGUUCUGCAGCUGUAUAUUUCAAGACGUGUUGUGAUAUUUGAUUUGUGCUUUGUGCCUGGAGACAAGGCACUUGUCUGUUUAUUGUAAGGAUUCUGAGCCUCGCAUUAAAACGUUGCUGAUGAUAUGAAAGAGCAGAUAUUUCGUUCUCGGAAUGAAAA